AUGGAAUCAAAGGCGGCCCACUUGCGGAAGAGAGAGGGGCCCAGCGCACAGCAGGACCGCCCCCGCACAGAAGCUCUCCUAGGAAGCCCUGAUAAAAACAGAGGCCUGGACUUGGUGCAAUGGACCCAACAAAUGGAGGCUGUGAAGACACAGCUGCUGGAGCAAGCGCAGGGACAGAUGAUGGCACUGCUGGACCGGGCCAUGUGGGAGGCUGUACAGUCUUACCCACCGCAAGGCGGACCCCCGCCCUCCAAGGCUCCAGAUCCCUUGAGCAAGACCAGGGAGCCAUCCUUGGGGAAACGGAAAGUUUUCAUCAUCCGCAAGUCCCUCCUUGAUGAGCUGAUGGAGGUGCAGCAUUUCCGCACCAUCUACCACAUGUUCAUCGCCGGCCUGUGUGUCUUCAUCAUCAGCACCCUGGCCAUCGACUUCAUUGACGAGGGCAGGCUUAUGCUGGAGUUUGACCUACUGAUCUUCAGCUUCGGACAGCUGCCCUUGGCGCUGGUCACCUGGGUCCCCAUGUUCCUGUCCACUCUGCUGGUCCCCUACCAGGCCGUGCGGCUGUGGGUGAGGCCGCAGGCAGGAGGCGCCUGGACACUGGCGGUGGGCCUGGCCUGCGUGCUGCUGGCCGUGCACACCGCGGUGCUCUGGGUGCUCCCGGCCCACGUGGCGGUGCAGUACCAGCUGCCACCUGCCUCCCGCUGCAUCCUGGUCUUCGAGCAGGUCAGGCUCCUGAUGAAAAGCUACUCCUUCUUGAGAGAGGCUGCGCCAAGGACCUUCGGUGUCAAAGGAGGUGAGGCCCCCAGUUUCUCCAGCUACCUCUAUUUCCUCUUCUGCCCCACACUCAUCUACAGAGAGUCAUACCCCAGGACACCCAACAUCAGGUGGAAUUACGUGGCCAAGAACUUUGCCCAGACCCUGGGCUGCAUCCUCUAUGCCUGCUUCAUCCUGGGCCGCCUCUGUGUGCCCGUCUUCGCCAACAUGAGCCGGGAACCUUUCAGCACCCGUGCCCUUAUGCUGUCCAUCUUGCACGCCACCUUGCCAGGCAUCUUCAUGCUGCUGCUCAUCUUCUUUGCCUUCCUCCACUGCUGGCUCAAUGCCUUCGCAGAGAUGCUACGAUUUGGAGACAGGAUGUUCUACAGGGACUGGUGGAACUCCACGUCCUUCUCCAACUACUACCGCACUUGGAACGUGGUGGUCCACGACUGGCUGUACAGCUAUGUGUACCAGGACUGGCUCUGGCUCCUCGGUGGCCGAGCCCGGAGAGCAGCGAUGCUGGGUGUGUUCGUGGUCUCCGCCGUGGUCCAUGAGUAUAUCUUUUGCUUCGUCUUGGGGUUCUUCUACCCUGUCAUGCUGAUACUCUUCCUUGUCAUUGGAGGGCUGCUGAACUUCGCCAUGCACGACCGGCACACAGGCCCGGCGUGGAACGUGCUCAUGUGGACCCUGCUCUUCCUGGGCCAGGGUGUCCAGGUCAGCCUGUACUGCCAGGAGUGGUACGCACGGCGGCACUGCCCCCUGCCCCAGACAACUUUCUGGGGCCUGGUGACACCUCGAUCUUGGUCCUGCCACACCUAGAAGUCAGUUGGCACCUUCACCGCCCAGACGACAGCACCAAGGUCUUCUCUGCCUGCAAAGCCUAGAGCUGGGGCUCCUGACUCUGCACCCCCAGACUUAGCUCUAGUUGAGGGGCCUGGCAGGUAGACCCUGGCAGGGGACUCCAGGAUCUGAGACCUGUGGACAGCAGGGCAGGCUCAGAACGUGCUCGGGUCCCUGUGUGAGUGCACAGGGCCCCUCCUGCUCUGUGGCUGUCCAGAUGGAGGGGAGUGGAAGGGCCUCCCAGAGGUGGUAAAUGCAGGUGACUUAGAGAAAUUGGGGCCAUCAAGGGCUGAGUGUGGAUUGGCUCUUCCUUCAAUACAAUAAUAAACGC